AUGUUUGCAAGAUAUGAUGACACGGACCGGCGAAACAUUGAAUUUCCCCAAAAAAGCGUGCCCAGCGGGCCUGAUGGUGAACCGUCCUCCGGUACCUUCGAGACCAACGGCCCUUGUCCCGCUACCCACCCCGUCAAACUCCCCCAGCUCUUCUAUGAAGUCAUCUUCGCGACCGAAAGGUUCAACGACAAGUCGCUGUGGCCGGAUGAUGGGAGCCAGCCCUUCGUGUGGUCGUUUGGAGAUAAUACCGGUUACGGUAACCACGGCGACUAUGUAUUCGGCUGGAAGGGUGACGCACUGCAGAAAGCCAUGGACACAAACUGUAACAUCAACUGCCCGCAGUUGAAGACGCAGAGUAUUGCGGCGGCGAAUAAGUGUGUGCAGCAGCAGAAGGUAAAGGAGGAUGUGGAUGGGUGGUUGACCGAGUUGCCAGGCGGCAUGCCUGUGGGGUAA